GUUUAUAAAGAGGAUAUGGAAGAGAUGGAAAUGGAGAUGGAGAUUGGAUUGCCAACAGAUGUGAAGCAUGUUACACACAUAGGAUGGGACGGCUCCACAACAACCAAUCCAGUAAAGGGGUGGGAAAAUUUCAAAGCUCCAGAAAUACUUUCUUUUCCUUCAAUUUCUCUGAGGCAGUUCGAGCUUGCAAUGGCUGCCCAAGCUGACGGGCCUCUGGGUGUUAGUACCUCUAAGUUUCCUUGAAAAUGAUGAUUCUUAUGGGCAUAUGAUUGGCGAUUAAUGUCAUUUCCUUUUGUUCUUGAUUUUGUGAUGAUGAUGAUUGAUGAUAAGCUAGCACAGUCAUAAACAUUUGAUGUUAUAAAUGGAAAUGACAGUAGUGAUGAAGA